CGUGCAUUGUUGCUAAGGCCCUAGACUGUUUGAGAUUACAUUGGAUUCGGAAUACUAAACGUGGAUACAAAGAUUUAUAAAAUGCGGACCAUUAAGUGUGUUGUUGUGGGCGAUGGCUCGGUUGGUAAAACCUGUCUUCUGAUUUCAUACACAACAAAAAACUUCCCGUCUGGCUAUCUACCAACGGUAUUUAACUAUGCUUUCACGGUUAUGAUUGGUCCUGAGUCAUAUAAUCUUGGGCUGUUUGAUACUGCAGGACGGAAUGAUUACGAACUAUUACGACCCCUUAAUUAUUCACAGACAGACGUGAUUCUUGUUUGUUUCUCAGUGGUAUCUCGAUCUUCCUUUGAAAAUGUGAAAAAAAAGUGGGUACCAGAGAUUACCCGCUACUGUCCGAAAACCCCUUUCUUGCUUGUUGGGACCAAAACUGAUCUCAGAGAAGAUGCCUCUACUCUUACGGCACUUGCCAAAAGAAAACAAAAGCUCAUCGCUCUAGAGACAGCAGAAAAGCUGGCCAGAGAAGUGAAAGCUGUCAAAUACAUGCAGUGUUCCGCUCUCACAAAGAAAGGCCUAAAUGAUGUAUUUGAAGAGGCCAUAAGGGCUGCCAGCAAGCCUUGGGAGCAGAAGAAGAGCUUCCGGUGUGUACUGCUAUGAAUGUCUCUCUAGAGCCCCCUCUGCAAAGCAGCUGGCUGCAUCAUACUUAGAAACAAUGUUUAAAUCAAUCUAAAGAGAAAUUAAAAUUUGUCUUUGCAAUAACAACAA